UAGCAGUAGCUCCAUGCAGUUUGGUAGAAGAGCUGCACCUCUAUUUUGGUAGACAAACUACGAAGAAUACUACGCAGAACGAGGUUGUAUGGUCGAAAACCUCUUUUUUUGAGCCAAAAUGGCGAUUAACGUAGCCGUUAAGGCUCUUCUCGGUUGGGUCAACAGUAUCAAACUGUCCGAGAGAGAAAUCACAAUCGACGAUUUGCAAGAUGGGACAAUCUUACUGAAACUUGUUUACAUGCUAAAAAAGGACUCCAGCUCCUGUCUCAGUGAUUGCAUUGGGGAUCGGUACAGACUCAUUGCAGAGUUUCUGGAAAGGGAUUGUAGAUUUAAUGCAGCCAAAGGCACUUCUUUAUCUUGGGACAACUUAAGAGAUGGCUUCAACCCAACAGGCGAAAUCGCAAAGGUGCUUUUGCUACUCAUAUAUCAUGACAUGAUGAAUGACCGCUGCACUCUGAACAUGUUGGAUUGCGAUGUAGAGAGAGAACUAGCAAACCUUACUGGUUCUUUUGUGAUGGAGAAUGAUGGCUGUGUUUAUCUGAGCGAUGGACUUGAUGCCUACUUGGCAAGGAAAUAUUUGCCUGUCUCUCGUGAAAUAUUUGACCGGUCAGCAACCACCUCUACCUCCAACGUAUCAAGUGUCUCCUUAUUUUCGGAUGAUGACUCUCCUGUCUUCCGUCGCACAAAGAAAAUCACAUUUAUGGACAUGGAAACUGUUGCUUCUUCCUCUGUCAGUAAAUCUCCUCUGGAGGACAUUAUGAACACACCCAAGUUUCAGAUGAGGAAAAUGCAACGACAGAUCAUCAAGGAUAGAGACUACAGAGACAGUUUGGAGAGGGAGUUGGCCAGCAAGAUCGCGCUCAUUGCACAGAGAGAGUCUCAUAUUAACCAGCUGCAGUUCCGCCUUGAUAAGCUGAAAGAAGAUCAAGGUGAUCAGGAGCAGGUUACCAGAGAACAACUCAGUGAGCUUGAAAGCAAGAACAACACGUUACAAAUGCGUCUUAAUGAGAUGUUAAAGCAAAAUAAAGAUUUCAAGAGUACUACCUCGCUUAUGGAGCGCAAAGUGGAUGAGCUUACAGACGAAAAUGGAAUGCUUUCUUCUCAGAUGAGGGCAGUAUGUUCAAAGUUGGCCGUCUUUGAGGAAGAAGUUGGUCGACUGACAAAUAAUGAAGCAUCUGCUCAGGAGGAGUGGAGAAACAAAACAGACCACCUCCAGUCUGAGCUCAACCAAGCAACUGCUCAAAAGGAGCUCCUGACAGAACAAAUUCAGAUCCUCCAAUCAAAGAUUUCCUGUUUGGAGGAUGAAAUAAGCAAGGCCUCUAAGGAAGAAGUAGGAGAGAAUAUGGGCCCUGUAAUGGAGAGAGCAACUUUGGAGGCUGAAAUCAAUGGCUUGAAGAAUGAGCUGGAGAUCACAUGUUGCUCCCUGGAAAAGGCUGAGGUGGAGAUUCACUCUAAAACUCAGCAGAUAGCUGAGUACCAACAAGAAAUUACUCAACAUAAAGAGCUCCUGAAGCAGCAAAAGUCCCAAACUGAAGAAGUGAUUCAAGCCAAGGAUGAAAUUUUGGACAAGCUCCAGAAAGAGCUAACUGAAGAGAGAGCGAUUCUUCAGCAACAGAUCCAGGAUCUCAAGCUUCAACUUGAGCAAGUUGAGCAACAGAAAACAGAGCAGAUGACCAGGCUGCAGCAGCAUAUUGAUGCUUGUGAGCAAGAAAUUGGAAAACUAAAGGAAAUGAAGAAAGAGAAGGAAGAUCUUCUUCAUCAGACUGAUGAAAAGGUGAAGGACCUUGAAACAAAGUUAUCUGCCACAACUUCUCUGUUAGGUGAUAAAGAGCAACAAAUUAAAAGUCUCAAAGAGGAAGUUGAUUUGCUUAUAGAUGAAACUAAAAAACACAAGAAUGAAAUUCAAACCAAAGAAGAAGCACUUGCCAAAUUACUUCUGGAGAAAUCAAAUGAACAAGAAUUUCUUCAAAAUACAAUCCAGACCUUAACAACCCAAGUGGAAGACCUUAGCUCAGUGCUCAAACAGGCCGAGCAGGAAAUUCAACUUAAACAAGACCUACUGGCUAAAACCCAACAAGAGAAUGUCCAACAAAUCGAGGUACUUCAACAACAGAUGUUAGACUCUGAAGAGAAGGUACAGAAACUAAAGGCAGGGAUCCAAGAAAAGAAUGAGCAGCUUGUAUUGCUAAAGAAUGCCAGCUCUCAACAGUCUGAAUGUCUGGAGGAAGAGAUUAAAAUGCUAAAAGGCCAACAAGAAAGUCUGACUGAAUCUUGCAGAAAGGCUGAGGAGCAAGUUGUGGCUCAGCAGGCGAUCCUUACAAAGCAGCAGCAGGAUAGUGUUCUUCAGACAGAGCUCCUGCAACAGCAACUGUCUGCUUCUGAAGAGGAGGUAAAGAGCAUGAAUGAGGAGAUCCAGUCUAAAGAGGAACAGAUGAACUUGAUGAAGGCUGACAGGUCAGAGCAAUCAGAUCUGCUAAAUCAGGAGAUCCAAAGUUUAAAGAAACAGGUGGAGGCUCUUGACUCCUCACUAAGGAAGGCUGAGGAUGAUUUGCAAUCUAAGGAAGAUCUAUUGUCUCAACAACAAGCUGACUUGGCACAAAAAACAAAAGAGAAAGCUGAAGUCUAUGAAAAAACUCUGACUGAGAUAAAGGCAGAAAGCUCCAAACAGUCAGGUGCACUUCAACAUGAGAUCCAGAAUCUGAAAGGGGAGGUGGAAACCAUUUCUUUAGAACUUCUGGCUAAAGAGCAGAAAUUACUUGAAACUCAGCAGGAGUCAGCUCAGAAGAUAAACCUCCUCCAACAGCAGCUUGUUUCAGCAAAUGCAGAGUUGAACCAACAUAAAGAGACACAAGCUGCAAACAUUAGCCUGAAGGAGGCUUUGCAGGAGCUGCAGGUGACCACAUUCAGGGAGAAGGAGGCUCUUGUUCAGGAAAAAGAAGCCCUCGUGGACAGGAUACUCCAGGCAACAAAGGAUUAUGAAGCUCUGGAGAAACGAGUCGAAGCCGUAGUCUUUGAGAAGGAGAGAUUUGCUCAAGCCCAACAGGCCAUAGAGAGAGAGAACCUAGCUUCCCGCAAAUUGGAGUCUGUGCUGCAACAGGAAGUGGAAAUAUUGAAAAUGGAGAAGGAGAAACUUUUAAAAGAGAAAGAAAAAACAGAAGAAAUUGAGCUGAUCAAAAGAGACCUGCAGGAACAACUUGCAGCUAAAUCAGAGGCUGCAGACCACUACAAAGCUCAGAUGGAGAAUGCUGUGAGUCAUUACAACAGCAAGAAGCAGCUUCUCCAGAAAAGCCAAGAAGAAGUGGAUGAACUCAAACAUAUCUUGGAGGUUAAGGAGCGUGAAGUAAAAGCUACUACCAUGGAGAAAAAGCUACUUCAACUCGAUUUGGACAAGGCUCAAACCAAUGAGAAGAAACUUUUGAGCAGAAUGGCCAGUUUGGAGGCACAGCUGGCCUGUGCUGACCAUACCCUGCGAGCACAGAAUAAGAUUCACGGCAAUGGAGGCAGUGCAGCAGAGUCAUGUUACUUGGAGGUUCCCAACACACAUUCAAGUGUUUGCACUAGAGCACAGGCGAAGAGGACUAUGAGCUGUGACAGCCUGGACCAGAGUUCUCUUGAAGACUCCCUGAACACCACAAGGAAACUUUCAGCACCUGGCGAAUCCAGCACACCUCUUGUUCGCAGUUCAGAACGCUUGGCAGCCAAACGUCAGGGUCUGCGGGCCGAGUCUUUGGAAACCUUGUACUUCACACCUAUAAACACCAGACAGAUUAACAGGACCAAUGCAGACCAUAAUAUUGAACUGGAUUCAGCCUGCAAAAAUCCAACUUCAUCUGUCAAACGACGCAGGACCACGCAGGUUAUAAACAUCACCAUGACCAAGAAAACCCCUGGCCCCAAUGAAGGUGAUGAGACUUUCUACAGCUUACCUUCUGCUCGCUCCCACCCAAACCUCUCCAGUGCCCAGUCUGCACGACCCGUAUCUAUGGAGCUGUUUGACACACCUGCCAGGAUGGGCACUGCUGCCAGCGACCAGCUCAUUGGUCUUCCAGGGUACAGACGGAGCACAAUUCAUUCACAGGCCACCGGGACAUUCUGUGUGGGAGCAGAGAACGAACCUGAUGGUGCACCUGACGACUGGCUGAGGAUUGCUGAGCUCCAGGCCAGGAACAAGGCCUGCCUUCCUCAUCUAAAGAGCAGCUACCCCGUGGAGUCGGAGACUUGCCGUGGUGGUGCAUUCAUUUUCACAGAUGAAGAACUCCGUACAGGAGACCCAUCUGACACAAUCCGUAGAGCGACCAUGAUCCCUGGUCAGUUCCACGACUCCCUUGUCUCCCAUCGACAGUCCCUCAUGUCAGGACAUGCCGGUGCCGCAGCCGGGACUCGUUCUCACCGACUAUCCUUGAUGCCAGGCCAGUUGCCAACAAAAACUGUCAGCUCCUCUCAGAUCAGAAGCCCAAAAGGCACAAUGCGGCCUACAUCAUCUGCAUAUCAAGCUUCACCUGAGAAAAAGACAAAGACCAGCUGCUUCCCUCAUCCACUCACUCCCAAAAAUAAGAACGUGAGCAGUGGACAUGCCAGCUCUCAUUUUCAACCCAUCCUCAGUCCGGCUGAACGGAGACAGUCUAUGAUGUUCAGUAUUGACAACACCCCCAGAAAGAACAGCUACCUAAAGAAAGGGCUGAACAAACUACGCAGCUCCACCCGAAAAUCUCCAGGCACAAGCUCAAAGAAAUCACCUGCUCCGUCAAGUGCGCGCAAGGGCCAGGAAAACCUGCCUUCUCGAGCUGGAAUGGGGCGAGCUGGCAAAGCUGGCAACUUUAAAUCACCCAAAGUACCAGCAAAAGGACCGAGGAAAUCUCCACAAACCUCCAGCAGGUCGGCAAAAUCUCCUGGGCUGACGGCCAGCGCUCGCAAGAAAAAUGUGUGUGUAAAGGAAGAAAAGGAAGAAAACCUUGCUGGAAGACCAUAAAGAUGAUGAGCAGGAUGAAAGUUUGAGGACUGAUCCCCAAGUUGGAGUUGUGAUCAUCUACAAUUUUUCCUGAUCAUACUUUUAUUUUUUUUUUGUUUUAUUUCACAAACACACAGUGAUUUUUAUUGUUGUCUUUCCGGGCUCUUCAUGAUCUUCUCUUUAUCUACUUUUGUUUUAAUUUUUUGUAUUAUAUUUACAUGUUUGUCAAUAAAAUGAUUGAAAUAACA